AUAUUCAUUUGGUAGCCUUUAAUUUAGUCAGUACUGAAGUGAAAUAUUAUUCGUUCUGCCACAGCCGUUGCGAUUCCAUUUCAAAGCUCCACAACUUGAUAUGGAUGAAAAUACUAAUAGAAAAAGAUCAAAAACUGUCAAAAGUCGCAGUAAUACGGCGGUUCAAGGGACGAAUGACUGCAGCAUUGUCAGCAAAUCUUCUAUGGUGAAAUAUGGCUAUUUCCAAGAUAAGUUUUUAUCAUAUUUUGUGGCAAAGGAAUCAAGAAGAUCCCCACUGAUUCAUCGAGGAUACUACAUCAGAUCAUACGCCAUUGACUAUUUUCUAAAAUUGUUCCUCAGAGCAUCAAAUGAAAUAUCUGAAAAGAGACAGAUCAUUUCUCUUGGUGCUGGGUUUGAUUCUGCUUAUUUCCGGCUCAAAUCUCAGGGACUCUUGGAGAACUGUGUCUUUUAUGAGGUGGACUUUUUGGAUGUUGUCAAAAGGAAAGCUAACUCAAUAAGACAAACUAAAGAAUUAAAAGAACUACUCAUAGAAGACUUUGAUGAUAAAAUCCACUCACCUGAAUUGUCUUUGGUUGAAAUAUAUUCCAAGGAUUAUGUGUUGAUUGGUGUCGACUUAACCCAGAUCAAGCAGUUGGACCAAGUUCUACGUCUGUGCCACAUCAACUAUACGUGCUCUACAUUGAUACUUUCUGAAUGUGUCCUCACCUACUUACCACCAUCUUAUUCACAAGCUGUGAUAAAGUGGGCUGUGGACUGUUUUUCUAAUGCUGUUUUUAUUGAUUAUGAACAGAUAAACCCUGAUACAGCAUUUGGACAUUUUAUGCAGAACCAUUUUAAGAAGACUGGAUCAACUUUGAAAUGUAUUAAUACUUUCCCUAGCUUGCAAUCACAAACAGAGAGAUUUUUUAGACUGGGUUGGGAAGUGUAUAGAUGCUGGGAUAUGAACGACAUCUUCUUUAAUCUGGUUUCAAUGACGGAGAAAGAAGACAUUGAACGAAAAGAGUUAUUUGAUGAAUUUGAAGGAUGGCAUUUGGUUUGCAGUCACUACACAAUUAUUUGGGCCAGUAUUGGUUCUCCGAAUAGCUAUUGUCACGAAGUUCAUCAAAAAAUUGACACUGUUUACCGAAGUGCUACAAUUGCAACAAAACAGACCCAGAUUAACGAAAGAGCUAUACAAUUGUUGAAUUCAUCAGAGACAAUUAUGAGAUUUGGACAUUCAUGUGCUGUAAUUCCUUCAGGGUUGUUGGUCAUAUAUGGAGGAUUUGGAAUGGAAAAUUCACAUCAUCAGCGACUGUCUAAUAUUUCAAUAGUUGAACUGAAAUCUUGGGAAACGGUGAAGAUUUCAACAUCAAAAUUUGAAAAACAAACAGAAGUGGCUCGUAUGUAUCACACAAGUAUUGUGAUAUCUCCUAACACAAUUUUCUUAUUUGGUGGAAGAACAUCUCCUCGCAAAGCUUGCCAAGAUGCCAUUUUAAUAAACCUUGAAGAACUAACAGAUAGCUCCAGUGAUCUUGGUUCUACAACUGCUACUCAUGAUGAAGACGAGCAAAUAUUGGAGCCCCUGAAAUUUGAUUUAAGAUCAAGUUCUUAUAAUAUGACAUUUAGGAAAGUAAAAAUGUACGGAGAACAACCUUGUGCCAGAUGGCGGCACACAGCUACAGCAUUCCAGAAAAAUGGUCAUCCACAGAUGAUUAUAUACGGAGGACGAACAGAACAACAUAUUCCCCUUGAUGAUUGUUAUAUUUUAGAUUUAAAUUCCUGGCAUUGGUCGAAGGUUGAUCCAUGUGGUAGUAAACCAAUGGGGCUGCAUAGUCAUACCAGUUGCUUAUGGAAGAACAGGUGGCUGGUAUUAGCUGGUGGACUUACAAAACAGUUGACACCCUCCAAGGAUAUAUAUCUACUUGAUUUAUAUACAUUUCAAUUGAAGGCUCUAGACGUUUCUGGUGUAUUAUAUCCACGAUAUUCUCAUACAGCUCAUGUUAUUGGUGAUAACCUCUUUCUUGUUGGUGGGGUAAAUCUGGAACAUUUCUCACCAGGAAUUGCUGUUGUUAAUCUUCAAUCUGGAGAGUCACAAGAAUUUGCUUUAACGGAUCAGAGUGAAACUGGUGAAAUAAUCAUGUUACAUGGACAUCAAUCUGAAAUAUUGAAUGAUGAGCAUUUAUUAAUUGUGGGUGGAGGGUGUAACUGUUUCUCUUUUGGAACCCAUUUAAAUAAAUCUAUGUUUUUAAUAGAUUUGAAAUAUUUUCAGAUUAAUUGUAAUAGUUGAAUAAAAUUAUUUAUAAUCAUUUUCACAUGAAGUUA